CAUGUUUGCCGCAGAGCUCUUCAUAGAUUCUCUCUGAUUUUGAGCACAGGUUUCGAACUUCCAACAGGCGAUGGCGGAAGGUUCUCACUCAGCUGAAAUUGAAGCAAGUAGUGAUGUAUCAAAUGCUAUACAAAACGACCGCACAAGCAAGGACCAGAAAAUCCUCAGAGUGCCUCGCCAACUACUUGAGGGGAUGGCGGAAGGUUCUCACUCAGCUGAAAUUGAAGCAAGUAGUGAUGUACCAAUUGCUAUACAAAACGACCGCACAAGCAAUUAAGGACCAGAAAAUCCUCAGAAUGCCUCGCCAACUACUUGAGAUGGUGGAAGUUUCUCAGUUAGCUAAAGCUGAAACAAGUUGCCAUGUAUCAAUUGCUAUACAAAACGACCGCACAAGCUUAAAGCAGAAGCUAACUUUGCCAUGGACAAUGCCAGAGAAGAAAAUCCUCAAAGUGCCUCACCAACUACGCAAGGUAAAUGAAAAAGCCUAUGAACCUUAUGUCAUUUCCAUCGGUCCAUACCAUCAUGGUAAAGAUCACUUGAAGGAAAUGGAAGGACUAAAGGUGCAAUCUUUAAAUAGGCUUCUUGACUGGUCAGAACAAAGUGUUGAAAAAUAUAUAUUUGAAACAGAAAAAAUGGUGGAAGAAGCUCGUAAAUGUUAUACAGAACCUUUAGAUAUUUCCAACAAAGAAUUUGCAGAAAUGAUGGUCCUUGAUGGAUGUUUUAUUAUUCUGUUUUUUAUGAGAAACUUGCCAGAAGUUUUCUCCUACGGGUCUCUGAUCUCUUCAAGCAUUUUGCAUGAUUUGGCUCUAGUUGAGAAUCAACUUCCCUUUUUUGUACUGUGCAAGUUAUUGGAUAUAAUUUUCCACUUCCAAAGGAACUUCUUCAACAUGGUGUGUGUUACAGAUCCAAAAGGAUUACUAGUCCGUUGGAUCCUUGCAAGAUUUGAAACAUGGUUGCCAGGGCUCAAGGUUGACACAACUUAUGAUGACAAUUCGAUAAAAAACAUCAAGCAUAUAGUGCACUUAUUACACGUUAAUUGGUGUCCCUCAGACACAGCAAUGGAUGAAUACAACAAGGUGCAGCCAAAGGAUGGGGAAUGGCCUUUCAUACGUUCUGCUACAGAACUAAGAGAGGCAGGAAUUGAGUUCAAAGCGACUGAGAAGAAAAAGAAUGAGAAAUGGAGCUUAUUUGAUUUCAAGUUCAAAAAGGUUGAGAACAAAAGGAAUGAGAAAAGGAGCUUAUUUGAUAUCAAGUUCAAAAACGGGAUACUAGAAAUGCCAAAGGUAAUUAUUGACGAUCAGACGGACAGUAUGUAUCGUAACCUCAUUGCCUGUGAACAGUUUGACAAUACGAAACAUGCAUUCUUAACUGAUUAUAUUUUGCUCAUGGAUUCCCUAAUCAACUCAGGGAAGGAUGUUGAGUUACUUUGUAAGAGUGAGAUAAUUGAUAAUAUGCUAGGCAAUGAUGAAUUGGUUGCGGGAUUGUUCAACAGGCUCGGGGAUCAUACUAAUUUCUCCAGAGAGUCUUUCUUUUAUGCUCAGUUAUUUAAGGACGUCAACAAGCAUUACAAAUCACCUUGGAAUUCAUGGAUGGCAUACUUAAGGCACAAGUAUUUCAACACUCCGUGGGCUUUAAUCUCCUUUCUUGCUGCGGCUUUGUUGCUUCUACUUACAGUGCUACAAACUGCAUUUACAAUCUUCCCUUGGUCUUGAAAUUUCAAAGUGCAGAAGACUCAAGAUCAAAUGGUAUGACCAAAAUGUGUGAGAAAUGCAAGUGCUAAUAGACCAGUAAAAAGGGUGUGCUCCAUUUUGUUUUCUGUAAUUACCGUAUUGGAUUGUACCUUGCUUUUUAAGGUUUGUUUUGUUGGGUUUCUUUAAGCUUGUAAGUUCCGUAUUGUAUUGUACCAUAUUGUUAUGUUAUCUUUAGGUUUGUUUUGUUGGGUUUCUUUAAGCUUAUGAGUUGUGAGAGCUUUGUUAAAGAUUGUUGCUGCCUGGAUUUGUUACAAAUUUGUAGUAUGGUGUUUCAUUAUUUCUUUCAAAAUAAAUAUUAGAUUUUGAA